GUAACUCUAUCAUCCAAAGUAACUCUCUUUGUCUCUCUGUCUCUCUCCCUCUACUCUCUUCUUCUUUCUUCUGAAACCCCUUUUCCUGAUAACCUCACCGGCAGUAACACCAUCCCCACACAUCAUGAGCCGCUAUGACAGCCGCUCCGGUGACCCCUCCUCCUACCGUGACCGCAGAAGUGAUUCGGGUUUUGGUGCAUACACGGGCUAUGGUGGCUCAGUUCGGUCCUCAUCGAGCAGAAAUAGUUAUGAAGUUGUAGAGUCACCAAGGAAGUUGGAUUUGGAUGGGUUGACUCCUUUUGAGAAGAACUUCUAUGUUGAGUCACCAGCGGUGGCAGAAAUGUCAGAUAGGGAGGUUGAGGAUUAUCGGCUGCAAAGGGAAAUUACUGUUGAGGGCCUUGAUGUUCCAAAGCCUGUCAAGAGUUUUCGUGAUGUUGGGUUUCCAGAUUAUGUUAUUCAAGAGAUUACAAAAGCUGGCUUUGUCGAACCUACCCCUAUUCAAGCUCAAGGAUGGCCAAUGGCUCUAAGGGGCCGUGAUCUAAUUGGUAUUGCUGAAACAGGGUCAGGGAAGACACUUGCCUACCUGUUGCCUGCCAUUGUCCAUGUUAAUGCCCAGCCUAUUCUUUCUCCUGGAGAUGGCCCAAUUGUUUUGGUAUUAGCUCCAACCCGUGAACUUGCUGUUCAAAUACAAAAUGAAUGUACUAAAUUUGGUGCAUCAUCAAAAAUUAAAAAUACAUGCAUAUAUGGUGGGGUUCCAAAGGGACCUCAAGUUCGUGAUCUUCAGAAAGGCGUUGAAAUUGUAAUUGCGACACCUGGGAGGUUGAUUGAUAUGUUGGAUUCGCAUCAUACAAACUUGCGAAGGGUUACAUAUCUUGUGUUGGAUGAGGCAGAUCGGAUGUUAGAUAUGGGUUUUGAGCCUCAGAUUCGAAAGCUUGUUUCUCAGAUUCGCCCAGAUCGUCAAACUUUGUACUGGAGUGCUACCUGGCCUAAAGAGGUUGAACAACUUGCUAGGCAGUUUCUUUACAACCCGUACAAAGUGAUAAUAGGAUCUCAAGAUUUGAAAGCUAACCAUGCUAUACGCCAGCACGUUGACAUUGUUUCUGAAAACCAGAAAUAUAACAAAUUGGUUAAAUUGCUGGAGGAUAUCAUGGAUGGCAGCCGAAUAUUGAUCUUCAUGGAUACCAAGAAAGGAUGUGAUCAGAUUACCCGGCAGCUUCGCAUGGAUGGCUGGCCAGCUCUUUCAAUUCAUGGAGAUAAAAGUCAAGCAGAGAGGGAUUGGGUCCUCUCAGAGUUUAAAGCUGGCAAGAGUCCUAUAAUGACUGCUACGGAUGUUGCAGCUCGUGGUUUAGAUGUGAAGGACGUGAAAUAUGUGAUAAAUUAUGACUUCCCUGGAUCCCUUGAGGACUAUGUUCACCGUAUUGGUCGAACAGGAAGGGCUGGGGCAAAAGGAACUGCAUACACUUUCUUCACCGCUGCAAAUGCUAGAUUUGCAAAGGAACUCAUCAGCAUACUUGAGGAAGCUGGACAGAAGGUCAGUCCUGAUUUGGCUGCAAUGGGGCGUGGUGCUCCUCCUCCCCCGUCAGGUCAUGGGGGUUUUCGAGAUCGUGGGAGGGGUCAUGGUAGUGGUCGCUCAUGGAACUAACUAUUGAAGGUAAACCAGUUCUCACGUUGUAUUUUGGAGGGAAACAUUUAACAUGUAUGAUUAGACGAUAGGAGUUUAAAUGUCUUUUUUCAUUUAUGUUGAAUUUUUGUUCAAUUACGUAGAGGACUAACUGUAGUUAGUGUUGGACUAUGUAAGAUAAAACAUUUGUUUAUAUCAUUAAAGGUUUUGAGGAAGAAGAUAAACAAUUGUAUUUUCA